AAUUAUUUUUUUCAUAUGUAAAAUGUUGAGGAUGUCACCCAACCUUACGUGAUACAGUGAUAAAAUAAGCAGAUAAUGAACUACCGAAUGAAAUAUUCAGUGACGGUGUGAAUGGUUUCCGAUCGCUAUGUACUGUGUGAUUCAGCGACAACCAGUCCAGAGUGUAGUCUGUCUUUUGGAGAAAUCGUUAUUUAGUAAGAUUUGACCAAUAACAAAAAAAAAAAAUAUAUGUGAGCGUAGUUUGCAGUAGUACAAAAUUGCACUGCAUCAUACUGGGAGAGGUGCUUGCUAGAUAGUGGUUAAAUGAGGGAACCAAAUGGCUUUAAACGGUUGCUUUGUUGGACGAUAACGUCCUGCAUUACAGUUGACAAGAUCUCGCGAUUCUUUGAUUUAGUGUUCCCAUAGUGACGGGGGUAAGGCUUCCCUAGCAACAAUUUAAGAGGACAAACAUGGCGAGAAAGAAACCAGCUAAAGACAAGUCCGAGAAGAAUUCUGAAGUUGAAGAGUCGGCGCCGAUACAAACAGGAGCAACUUCAGAUGAAACAUCAGCCACUCGAACCUUUGACGACUAUGAGUGUUCUGGCAGUGUGAUGGCCGACUUUCCUGGGCUCUGUGCUCUUUUGGAUAUGAAAAAUAUCCCAGCACUCAAGACCAAAUCCAGCUCCUCCAACCAAGAAAGCACCACAGCAGGUGGCAGGCCGUCCCAUAAAAAGCCUGUGCAUGAUGUGUUUAAGCCACACCUCCAAGUGGAACUGGAGAAUGGAGACCCUUAUUGCACAACGGGCAUGAAGAUCUUUGGAUGGACAGUAGAUGAACCAAUCAUCCGAGUGCUAAGUAAGAUGAUUUCGUCCUUGCCUACUCUCCACAGCAUUGAUUUUUGGCAGGCUGGAUUGACGGAUCCGAUGGUUAUCACUCUCGCAAAUGCAGUAUGUGCGUGCAUGAGCCUGAGGGUUAUAACAUUAGAGGGCAAUCCUCUGGUAGAUCACAGCCACCACCUUUUUCUUUCUGAAGGAAGUGUCCUCACUCACUUGAACCUGCGCAACAAUCGGAUUGAAGAUGAGGGCGCGCGUCUUCUUGGGGCCGGUCUCUCGACCAGCACGUCUGCAAACUGGAGCCUCACCUCACUCAACCUCUCGUUCAACCAUAUCGGCGACGUAGGUGCCGGACAUAUUGCAAAGGGCCUGCGGUUCAAUCGGACUUUGCUGUUCCUCUCACUGUCCAACAAUCACAUUGGAGACUCAGGAGCUAUACAAUUGGCCACGGUUUUUGGUGAGGUUGUGCUAACUCAUGAAGAAAUUGUGCAGAGGAGGAAACUACUUCUAAACAAAACACAUCCUUCAUCUUCCGUUGUCGAUGUUGACCAAUCGUGUACUGCCAAGCUGUCCAGUGACCAAGUCCCAUCUGUAGCCGGCAACACCUCACUAAACUCCAAUAAAGGGGAGAACAAAAGUACUGCUAAAAAACGGGAAUCAUCUAAACCAGAUGGAAAACGGGCUCCGACCAAAGACCAAAAGUGUCUUAAGAAAUGGACGCGGGUGUGCUGGAGCCUAUCCCAUCUGACUUUGGGCGAGAGGCAGGCUGAAGGUCAAGACAUGGAGGAAAAAAACAAUGUGUAUGAUCAGGAGCACAAGAAGCCAGUGGAGAUGGUGAGCCCCCUCCUGAAUGAGGCUCUGCAGCAGAGGAACGGAGAGCUCAUUCUGCCUGGAAACACCACUCUUGCCUCCCUCAGCCUCGCGGGAAACAGGAUAACAGAGCUGUCACUGCCUCAGUUCCUGACUUCCUUACAGAUGCAAGAUGGAGGUAAAGGUCUGCUGCGUCUCUGUCUGCAGAGAAACCACUUUGCUGCAGAGUGUGACACCUUUAUGAGGAUAAAGGAACUGAUGACACUCAGAGACCCUCUGAACAAAAAAAGUGAAGAAGAGACUGAGGAAGAGGGUGAGGGUUCACAAUGUUCAGACAAUUAAACUUCAGGAGAACAGUCAAAUUCUCUUUUAUGGACUUUGUAAACACGCUAACACGUUUUUUUUUUGCUUGUUCUUUUUGUUGUUGUCGUAAAUAUUUCAAUAGAAUUCAUUUCUUAAUGCACUCCUCUUUACUGAUUGAUUGUACUGCCAAAAAUACAUUGUGUACAUUUGAGUCACUUUAGAUAAAUUAGACUCCAAUGAUAUUUAUUUUAUUUUCAUCCAAGAGCUGUUGUAAAAAAAAAAAAAAAAAGCUUGAUCUGCCUUAUUCCUUGCUCUCUUUUUUGAUGCACUGUAUUCGAAAAGGCUUCUUGCGCUCAUUACAAACUAUUGGUGUAUUAUGAUACUGUACAUAAAAUGCACCACGUUUUCACGACUGCAUUGGCUUCCUGCCACCUGUCAUACCAUUUAUUGUCAUAAAUGAUAGAGAUAUUACUUCCAUAAAGCGAGUUCUUUGAAAUAAAAAUUGUCAGCGUCCCAUUCA